AUGUUUCGGGACUACAGCAACGGACUGGCCUCCAUCUAUCUCGUGCGCGCAGUGUGUCUGGUUGCAUGCAAGACAAGGCAAGCGGCGCCGUCUCUGCGGCUGUACGACGACGGGCCGAACCUGAGCCAGGCUAGAUUCGCGGCAAGUCUGCUGGCCGGCCUCGACGCAGCCAUGAAGGCGGAUCUCGAGCCGGAUCGCGUCACCAAAAUCCAGAUCCUGGCCCUGAUGCACCUGCACAACGACGGCCCCGGCGGGGUGGACCGCUCGUCAAGCUACCUCGCGCAGGCCAUAUGCGAGGCCUGGUCCAUCUCGCUCCAUGUCAAAGUCCCGGUCAACGCGGACCAGGAGCAAUGCGACCUGCUCUGGUGGGCCCUGCGGAACUUUGACCGACUCAACAAGCCGGUCAUGGGCGCCGCGCCUUUCAUCAUCGACGACACCGAUAUUGGAAUCGACCGCACGAAUCCGCACCAGGGCAGUUGCUACAAGUCACAGCUCAUGGCCGUGUCCCUCCGCCUGGGGGAUUUGACGACGGCGGCGACCAAGGUCUACAAAGCCAGCUCCAAGGCCACUGUCGACGACAACACCGAUUUCCCGACCUUUGCAGAACUCACCUCCGACGUUGCCCUGGACCGUUUCAACAAGUCACACAGAUCGUAUCUCCAAUUAUGGUAUCACAUUGCCGCCAUGCUCUCCUGCCGAUACAGUGGGCCGGGGAGCGUGCAGUACGCGAGACGUCUGACUUCCGCAGACUGCGUACUCGGGAUCAUUACUCAAGAAGGACCCGACGGCUUGCCGCCGCUCCCGCUAGUUCCAUAUGCCAUGUCCAUGUCUACCACUGUUAUCUACCGGGCCUUGCGGGACGGGGAGCGGCUACCUGAAGCGGCGUACAAAGAUCUCGAAGAAUGUUCUCACAACCUGGACGUCUUGAGUCAACUAUGGACUAGUGCAAAGGGCGUCGCAAAGCUUGUCAGAAAGCUGCGUCGAUACACGAUCCCAGACACGCUUAGCAGGCGCCCUUCCGAGUCCAAUGCUGCCAACCGGACCCGCAGGAGAUCCGGGCCAGACUCGAGGGAACAGAGACCAAGCGCGUGCGGUACACCAAUGUCCGGAGCUCAUCGCCGAGAUCAGGGGUUCGGCGGCUUGCAACCGCCGGCUCUCCCUAUGUCUGGUUCAGCUCUGGAUCGGGACGUCCUAGAGAGGGAAGGCAGUCAAGAUAACGAAGUUCCGCUGCGAAGCCAACACGACGAGAUUUGGAUGGACACUCACACACCACCAUACUUGGAGAUCGACAGGGCAUUCUAUGAUUUCUUUGAUUAUGGGAUGCCGAGCAUCUUCCGUGACCCGGCCACAUUGGACUUUCUGCAAGGAGACGGCUACCAGGGGACUUUGCCAUCAUAA